AAAAGAAAUCUGGAUACAGAGUAGUUGAGUGCUGAUGAAUGGAGCAGUUGAGUGCAAUCAACAAACUCCUACUUCUGUUCUUUGACUCUUAAGUUGAAGCGUCCUUUGCCUUUCAAAGAGUGCUUGCAUUAUUUUCAUACAUAAAAUACGCCUCUCACUCUGUUCUGUGAUCGAUCCUCGCAUUAACUUCUCUUCUCCUCUUGGUUUCAGUAUGAGUUACUUCGAUCAGCAACAAGCCCCUCCCCCAACUUACCCUCCUCCGUCCGAGCAGGCCUACCCACCGACGGUGGCACCGCCGCCGCAGGGCUACCCGACGAUGGAGAACAGCGCAGCGAAUCAGCAGCAGGCUCCGGUCGAGACAAGCAGCCGUGGAGAUGGAUUCUGGAAAGGAUGUUGUGCUGCACUGUGUUGCUGCUGCGUUCUUGAUAUGUGCUUCUGAGAAGGAUUGGAAUUUGAUGUCAUGUAAACUUUAUUCAUAUAUAUUUGUUCCUGUCUGAGUAAUAUUUCAUCAAUAAAAUGUAAUAUAUUUGUUUCAA